UGGUACAACCUACUUAAUAAGAGUAAGCGUAUCACGAACCCGGCGUCUUUACAGACGAUCUGAUAAAUUUUCCAGGUCAACUGAAAAUGGGUGAAAAGGAAGGAUCUGGGACACUCUUGGAAAAUAUUUCUAGUUUAUCAAUCGUUCUGUUUUUCAUAAUUUCCUACUUAACCUACUAUCUCCUCUUUGUUGUCAAGAAACCACGUCUAGCAUGCAAAGACAAAAAAUUUAGAAAUUUUCUUCUGGAUUACUGUCCCAUUCUACAUGAAAAAUUUAAGCCAACAAUUUGGUGCUUUGAAUCAAGAGCUCAAACAAUCUUCAGAUCUAUUGUGAAAUCUUCUCCAAAGGUUUCAUUUGAAAGUGAGCUGGUUCUCCUGCCGGAUGGAGGACAAUUGUUGCUUGAUUGGUUUGACAACAGUGAAUCAGAAUUUAAGGACAUAAGAACUCGUCCUACCGUCAUCUUGUUGCCUGGACUUACAGGAACCAGUAAUGAAUCUUACAUCACACAUCUGGUUCAUCAAGCUGCUCAACAUGGAUAUAGGUCUGUUGUAUUCCAUAACAGAGGAAUGGGAGCACAGUUACUGACACCUAAGACUUACUGUGCAGCUAACGUGGAGGAUCUAACAUACGUGAUAAACCUUCUUAAGGAGCGUUUACCUGAAGCACCAUUUAUUGGGGCAGGAGUGAGUUUAGGAGGGAUGAUUUUAUUUAACUACCUUGCCAAGCUUGGUGACCAGUGUAAACUUGAGGCCGGCAUGUGUAUAUCUGUCGCCUGGAAUGUGUUCGAGUCUGUCUUGGAGAUAGAGAAGCCGGGACUGAAUCGUCAUGUACUCAACCGAAUACUCGCAAAAGGACUGGUCAGUCAUGUCAAAAGCAAUAUGGCACUUUUUGACAAGCAUUUGGAGGACAUUGACCAUGUGUUAGAGUCGUCCACCAUUCGUGAGUUUGACUCGAGGUUUACGGCCAAGAUGUUUGGGUAUCCCUCCUGUGAGGACUAUUACCACGAUGCUACGCUCCACAACAAAAUUCACGCUCUGCGAGUUCCUGUCCUUGUACUCAGUGCAGAAGAUGAUCCGUUCUCUCCUUCUCAUGCAAUACCUGCAGAGGAAGCAGAACAGAAUGACAACAUUGCCAUAGUGAUUACAUCUCAUGGCGGCCAUAUUGGAUUCAUGGAGGGGUUCUUUCCUCGACACGAAAGCUACAUGGACAGAUUGUUUUCUCAAUAUGUCAAGGCCAUCUUCACUCAUGGUCCAGAACACCUUAAGCAGAAUUAAGUUGAUCACUCUUUACAAUCUCAAAGCAAUCAGAUUUAUCACUGAUUGGUAAAAAAUUGUCACUUUAGUAAUUUUGUCACAAGUGAGAAGUUAGUAGAAUGCAUUCUUGUACAUUUAAAUGUAAGGUUUAGAAUUUUUACCAAUACAUGAUAGUAUCACCAAUAUUUUCAAUUUAUUCUGUAGAUACAUGUUUAGACUUUUAAUUAUGGAGUUCAUGAUCAGCAUUUUAUAUGGUUUGUAAAUCCAUCCAAUCUAAUUAAAAUUAGAUCCUAUGAUCCGCUCAUCUACUAUUGAUAGUACUCAUCUACUAUUGAUAGUAGAUGAGCGGCUAUAGGAUUGUAAAUUAGAUUGUAAAUCCAUCUGAAGUAAUUCCAUGAGUUAUAACUUAAAACCACACAUUGUGCAUGUUGAAUUUAUCACAAAGAUGCUACAAAUUCAUCAGAAUAUUUCCAUUUACACUGUACCUAUUGACAAUCCUGUUACGUUAUCAAAUUGUGAACUACUCAGUUAAUCACUUUGUUAUUAGUUUAAGUUUUAAAGUUUAUAUUCCUGACAACAGGGCUAAAAAAAAGUUUUAAGUGUUUUAUUCAUGUUUUGUCCAUUUAUUUGUUGUAUUGUGAUUUUAUCCCAGAUAUAGUAUACCCAGUAUAAUACACUUGUACAAAGAGACUCUUGUCUGUACAAUGCAUGUGUAACAGGAAGGGAGAAAAUGCAACGGACCAGACCGGGAUUCGAACCCGGACCCCCUGAAUCUCUAGUCAGGUGCUCUACCAACUGAGCUAGCCGGGCCACCAGCGAUUGAACCCGGCUGACUGCUACACAUGUUUAACAAAGACAGUAUUUGUCUCUGCUAGGGACCAAACAUUGGGCCUCUGGCACAACAGCCCAGUGCUCUACUAAUGAAGCUAAAGGUUCAAAUCAAUCAGUAAAGACCUAGACUGGCCAGAAGUCUUAGUGUCGAUUCUCAGCAGAGGCGAAUGUUGUGUCUGUAAGAGGUCUAACCUCGUUACAAAUCGGCACCCAUGUUACUACUGAGGGUGUGUACAGUGCACAUCACCAAAAGUCCAUUCAGUCCUGGCUGUAAGGUAACCUGGACAUACACUGUCAAUACUGUCUCAGUACUGAUGGAGGAUUUGUAGAACAUUGCUCAAACAAAUUGUAAAUGAAGAGGAGUAAAUUAGAGUGAAAAGAGGAAAAACAUGGUUCAAGCCCAGGGAUUGUUCACAAAGGUCUUUUUUGGAAUGUUCAUAGAUCUAUUCCAAUGCAAAAUUUAUAUAAUCUUUUUUUAUAUUUAUAGUAUACAUAUUUCAAGACUAUGUCAAAACAAUAUCUUACAGUUUCAGUGAGAGUUGUUUCCCUUUUCUUGCAAACAAGGGUUUUUGAUUGUGAUGUAUGACCCAGAUGGUAUUAUUUCUGUAUAAAUGGCAGUUAUAUGAACAAAAGUAUGUGUCCACUAAAAUUCAGUCUAGAAAUAGAGAAAAUCAUUGUUAACAAUGUAUAGGACUCAAUUAUGAAAAGCAGUCAAAUUGGGUUUUUAUGUCUCAAAAUAUAGACUUAAGAAAUGUAAUGUAAUUGUAAGAGUGAAAAGUGUUUAAUUGUUUAUCAUGAAGUAAGAUGAAAUGGUAUAUCCAGAGAUGUUUAUGAAUUAUGCAAUGAUUUUUAUAGUUACUAUAUUGAUUGCUGUCUUCUUGAUGUUAAAGAUGUACUUGCAUGAUCUACUAAUGUGUUGAACCAGGGUGUUAUGUAUACCUCAUACAUUUUGUUGAAUUGUAUAGCUCCAGGAUCAAAUAAGACUUAUUUAAUGUGAUACUGAAAUCUGAAUGAUAUGGCAGGUUUUGAAGGUGCUUUAUAUUUAAUGUGUUAUUGUGGUAGAAUCAUUCUAUGUCAUAAUGAGUCACUGUUUCACAUUAAAUCUUGCCAAAUUGCUUAAAUAUUUCAUUUUUAAACACGGGAAUUGAAAGUACAAUGUGUUUUUUAUGCUUAUAUUAUUCAUAUUUUAAUUCUGUUGUCAUUUUACACUUUUAUGAAAUGGAUAAUAAACGUCAUUUUAGUUUUAA